CAUGUAGUAAGAUUUGAUUGGAUAGUAGCAGUUUAGUACUCAACAAUUUGUAAUGAAUUAAAACCCAUUAUAUAUAUAUAUAUAUAUAUAUAGACACACACACACACACCAUGACAAGCGAACAAAAAUUAAUAUCAAUGCCUGUAUAAGGCCAAAGAAUAGAAAAAAAUAUCUACUCGAGUUGGCCGUCGCUGCAACUGCGGCACCCAAAGCUCACCCCAAACAAUGGCAGGAACCUGUCUUUCUCCUCUAAUAACCUCUCCAACCUUCAAAACUCUCAUAAACCAAACCCAACCCAAAACCAAAACAAAGGACUCCUCUUCAACUGGUUCGGUCAACAGUUGCAAUUACCUGACAGAACUCAAAAAACUACACUGUCAAAUCACAAAACAAGGCCUAAUUCACCACCCGUCUACUAUAACCAACCUUAUUUCUACAUGUACUGAAAUGGGCACUUUUGAUAGCUUGAUUUAUGCUAGAAAAAUUUUAAAUCAAUUUAGACAAGAUAAUCAAAAUGAUGGUACUUUAUUUAUGUACAAUUCUUUGAUUAGAGGCUAUUCCUCUAUUGAUCUUGGUAACGAAGCCAUCUGGGUUUAUCUUGAAAUGCUCGAACUUGGCAUUUCGCCUGAUAAAUAUACUUUUCCGUUCAUAUUAAGCGCUUGCACGAAGAUUUCAGCGCGUGCUGAGGGUUUACAGGUUCAUGGAUCGGUUGUAAAAAUGGGUUUUCAAGGAGAUAUGUUCGUAUUAAAUUCUUUGAUACAUUUCUAUUCUGAGUGUGGGGAAAUUGUGCUGGGACGCAAGGUCUUUGAUGAAAUGGCUGAGAGAAAUGUUGUAUCUUGGACUAGUUUGAUUUGUGGUUAUGCAAGGUGGGGUUUUGCUAAGGAAGCUGUUGAUUUGUUUUUUGAGAUGGUAGAGGAAGGUGUUAGGCCGAACUCAGUUACGAUGGUUUGUGUAAUUUCUGCGUGUGCAAAGUUGAAGGAUCUUGAUACGGCUGAGAGAGUAUGUGGACAUAUUGGUGAGUUGGGAGUGAAGGUCAAUACUUUAAUGGUGAAUGCCCUUGUUGAUAUGUAUAUGAAAUGUGGUGCUUUUGAUACUGCAAAGCGGCUUUUUGAUGAAUGUGGAGAGAAAAACUUGGUUGUUUGCAAUACAAUUAUGUCUAAUCAUGUGCGCGAGGGGAUGGCAAGAGAAGCACUUGUUAUUUUGGAUCAAAUGUUGGGAGAGAGGCUGGUGCCUGAUAGGGUUACUAUAUUAUCUGCAAUCUCAGCGUCUGCGCAGUUGGGCAGUAUUUUGUGCGGAAAAUGCUGUCAUGGUUAUGUUUUAAGGAAUGGACUUGAAGGUUGGGAUAGUAUUUCAAAUGCUAUAAUUGACAUGUACAUGAAGUGUGGCAAACAAAAAAUGGCAUGUGCAGUUUUUGAUGGCAUGGCAAACAAGACGGUGGUGUCAUGGAAUUCAUUAAUUGCAGGUUAUAUUAGAAAUGGUGAUAUUGGUUUAGCUUGGGAAGUUUUCAACAAUAUGCCGGAGAGUGAUUUGGUGUCUUGGAACACUAUAAUUAGCGCUUUGGUACAAGAGAGCAUGUUCAAAGAAGCCAUUGAACUUUUCCGAAUGAUGCAGAGUGAGGGGAUAAAAGCAGAUAGGGUGACUAUGGUGAGUAUUGCAUCUGCCUGUGGAUAUUUAGGAGCACUUGAUCUUGCUAAGUGGAUCCAUGCUUAUAUUAGAAAGAAUAAGGUUCCCUGUGACAUUCGGCUAAGUACAGCUUUAGUUGAUAUGUUUGCAAGGUGUGGUGAUCCUUUGAGUGCAAUGGAAAUAUUCAAUAAAAUGGAGAAAAGAGAUGUGUCAGCUUGGACUGCUGCCAUUGGAGCAAUGGCCAUGGAGGGAAACGGUAAUCAAGCUAUUGAGCUUUUCAACGACAUGCUCAGGGAAGGAGUCAAACCUGAUGGAGUAGUAUUUGUGGGAUUGCUAACAGCAUGCAGCCACGGAGGAUUAGUUGAACAAGGCCAGGAUCUUUUCAGGUCAAUGAAGUCAGUCCAUGGAAUCUCUCCCCAAAUUGUGCACUAUGGGUGUAUGGUUGAUCUGAUUGGCCGUGCUGGAUUGUUGGAACAAGCUCUAGAUCUCAUAAAAGGCAUGCCUAUGGAGCCUAAUGAUGUAAUUUGGGGGUCUCUUUUAGCUGCAUGCAGGAUUCACAGAAAUGUUGAUAUGGCAGCAUAUGCAGCUGAAAGGAUCAAAGAAUUGGCUUCUGAGAGAACCGGUAUACAGGUGCUUCUAUCAAACAUAUAUGCCUCUGCUGGGAAGUGGACUGAUGUUGCGAAGGUGAGGCUGCACUUGAAGGAGAAGGGGACAAGGAAAGUGCCUGGAUCAAGCUCAAUAGAGAUAAAUGGAGAAAUUCAUGAGUUCACUUCUGGUGAUGAAUCACAUCCAGAAAUGAUCCACAUAGCACCAAUGCUGGACGAAAUGAACUGUAGAAUAAGGGAUGCUGGCCAUGCUCCUGAUCUAACGAAUGUUCUACUAAAUGUUGAUGAACAGGAGAAAGAAUAUUUACUUAGUAGACAUAGUGAAAAACUAGCAAUGGCGUUUGGGCUAAUCAGUACCAAUCAGGGAAUGCCAAUUCGGGUCGUUAAGAAUCUUCGAAUCUGUUCUGACUGCCAUUCAUUUGCCAAAUUGGCGUCAAAAAUAUAUGACAGAGAGAUUAUUGUCCGAGAUAAUAACCGAUUUCACUUUUUCCAAAGAGGGAUCUGUUCUUGUAAUGAUUAUUGGUAAUACCGUAGCAGAACUUGUAUUACUUAGUCUCGUGUAUUUGCACAUGCAAAGAAAAUUCUAUUGUUAUAUAAAUA